GUUAGAAUUGAAGCUAUUUUCGAGGCUGAUACUUUCCCACGCUCUGUAUUCACUUGUCUGGUAGGACUUCCCUUCAAAAUGACACAAACGCAGUCAGCCAUUAUCAAAUAUGAACCUGGAACAUAUUCUACAUACUCUAGAUACAUGCGGGCACUUCGGUCACAUAAUCAGCACAGAAGAAAGCAUCGUACUCCACAAUUCGCUGCUUAUCCUGCAGAAUGAGAACCAUUUUCGUAGGGUGUUCUUUUGGGGCAAGAUACUAGGAUGUGAGAAGGAUUAUUACGUUGCUUUUGGAUAUACCAGAGACAUCUUAUAUGGGAGAGUGUUUUAUUAUAGUACAAACUGUGUCGAUUGGGGGUUAUUACCCAAACCUACUAAAAACGGGCUUCUUUUGACACCAAUAUGUACGACGAAGUUCCAGGGGGAUCCAUCUCUAGUGAUCGACGUUCUCAUUGAGAAAGACGAAGCAUUGGUACCCGGCAAAAGAAAACAAGCGGAAACUCGAAAACUGAAAGAGGAGGAUCGAUUGGCAACAACGAUCUUUCUCAUUACCAAGGAAGCUGGUGUGGUACCUAGGGGAGCGUUGUUCCAUAGACCAGACGGAGUUAUUGUAGAGAAUUUGAGCUUCGAGGGACUGAGUACAUUGGACGCUAGAGAGAUUGGGUCCUUUCUUCAUUACAGGGUACCUACUAGAAGAUGGAAUAUCAAUCUGCUAACAAGAGGUGACUACAACUAUGCGAUGGAUUUCCUAGACCCGUUGGAUACAGAUAUACCGGAAGGAUGCUGGAUGAUCCAGAUAACUCAGGGCGAGGAAUGUGUAAUCCUGAAAUCUAUUUAUUGGCCCGGUUUUGUUUUUUUCCAUAAUUUGAGAACUCCCAGAUACGGAUUCGUUUAUUUGGGCCACGGAAAGAAGUCCAUGGAUGCUACGUUUAUGCUGAAACCUUUUAUUAUGUAAUUUAAAUCAUUUAUAGUAUAAUAUUAAUAUUUAUUUGUCUCCAAAAUACACUACUACACAUAAAAAAUAAAUAGACGACAAAUAAAUGAAAAACCCGCAGAAGGGUGACUCUUAUGCGCGGGGAAACAUUAUAUAA